GUUUGUGUCACCUUAACACUUUUUAAUGAGCUCAUUACUGCAGCUGCACUCUGUUUAUUUCUUCUUCUCUCCUCCAGAUCAACCAGUCUGAUGUUUUCAGCAGAGCACAUGAUGUUGACAGAAGCUGUCACAGAUGAUGUAACAUCCAGGGAUCGCAGAAGCAGCUUUGGACUUAUCCCUCCUCUGAUGUCUGAGCUGAGGGUUGUUCUGCUGGGGGACAGCUGGUCUGAGAGGAGUUCAGUGGGGAACUUCAUACUGGGAGAGACUGUGUUCAACACUGAGGAAGAACCAGACUGCUGUCUGACAGUCAGAGGACGGAUUCAGGAGAAAAGAAUAGUUCUCAUCAACACACCAGAUCUGCUGCAUCCAAACAUCACUCAACACAAACUGACAGAACAUGUAGAAACCUGUGUGAGACUCUCUGAUCCUGGACCUCAUGUGUUCCUGCUGGUUCUACAGCCUGAAGACUUCACUGAGCAACACAAGAAGAGACUACAAUCAGUCCUUGAACUCUUCAGUGAUCGAUCAUUUGAUCGUUCAGUGAUUAUGAUAUCAACACAAAGAGAGAAGAGUUCAGGUUUCAUGGAGAAAUAUGAGGAACAUCCACAGUUAGGAGACAUGAUCAGAAAAUGUAGAUCCAAGUUAUUUUGUCAGAAGAACCUUAAACGUCCAGAGCUGUUAGAGAUCAUGGACCUAAUUGUGAAUGAAAACAAUGGAGGUCAUGUGAGCUGUGAAGUAUUUAAAGACACAACACCUGAUUUACCGCGUGAACAUGGAAACCUGAAACAAGAGGAAGCACACAUGAUCAGCUUUAAAACUAUUAGAGCUGUUGGGUCGAAAUAUCUCUGGGAUCCAGCAAAAAACAUCAUCAACUUGGUCAGGCCUCAGACAUCACACACUCUAUCACCACCUGAAUGUACAGACAACCAGUUCUCUGCACUGAGGAUUGUGCUGGUGGGGAAAAAUGAAAACAAAAAGACAAAACUUGGUAACUUCAUUACUGGGAAAGAAGAAUUUCAUUGCCAAAAAAAUCCCUCCUGUGUGGCCGCCUGUGGAGAGUGGAGAGGAAAACCAUUGACUGUAGUAAAAACUUCAGAUAUCUUCAGUCAGUCUGAGCAGACAGUGAGAGAAGAAGUGAAGAGAUUAAUGAAUCUGUGCCUCCCCGGACCAAAUGUUCUGCUGCUGUUAGUGAAACCUUCUGAGUUCAGUUUAUAUGACAAAGAAAGACUGAAAUUCAUCCUGAGUUUGUUUGGUGGAGAUGCUUUUAAACACUCCAUGGUCAUCAUCACACACAAGGAGAAAAAAACACGUUUCACUGUGAAUCAGCUCCUUGAAGACUGUGGAGGAAGAUACUGCAACAUGUUUGACAACGACCACAAACAGUUGAUGGAGAAGAUUGAGAUAAUUGUUCAUGAAAACAGAGAAACCUUCUUCACCUUCACUGAAGAGACCAGAAAACCAAAGUAUUUAAACCUGGUUCUGUGUGGGAGGAGAGGAGCAGGGAAGACUUCAGCAGCCAAGGCCAUUUUAGGUCAGACAGAGCUUCAUUCAGUCUCCAGCUCAUCAGAGUGUGUUAAACAUCAGGGAGAGGUGUGUGGACGUUGGGUUUCUCUGGUGGAGCUGCCUGCCUUGUAUGGAAAACCUCAGGAGGCAGUGAUGGAGGAAUCAUUUAGGUGUAUCUCCCUCUGUGAUCCUGAGGGUGUCCAUGCCUUCAUCCUGGUCCUACCUGUGGGUCCCCUCACUGAUGAUGACAAGGGGGAGUUAAAGACCAUCCAGAACACAUUCAGCUCUCGAGUCAAUGGCUUCACCAUGAUUCUGUUCCCUGUGGAGUCAGAUCCUACAGCUCCAGCUGUUGUUGACUUUAUAAGAAAGGACAGAGACAUCCAGGAGCUCCGUCAGAGCUGUGGAGGAAGAUAUGUUGUUCUCAACAUCAAGAACAAGCAGCAGAUCUCUGAGGUGUUGGAUACUGUGGACAAGAUGAGACAAUCUGAGAACAAACCAUGUCGCUAUACAACAGAGACCUUUGCUCAUGCCCAGAAGGAUAAAGUCAUACAACAACAAACUGAACUUGAGAGGCUGAAAAAGAAGAACAUGGUCACUUGUGAUGAUGAGAAACAGAGCUCAGAGUGUGUCAGGAUUGUUCUGAUAGGGAAGACCGGCUGUGGAAAGAGCUCUUCAGGAAACACCAUUCUGGGAAGAGAAGAGUUUAAAGCCAAAUCAAGUCAAACAUCAGUCACCAAACAAUGUCAGAAAGUACAGAGUGAAGUGGACGGUCGUUGUGUCGUUGUGGUCGACACUCCUGGUCUGUUUGACACAACUUUGUCCCAUGAACAGGUUAAUGAGGAGAUGGUGAAAUGCAUCAGUCUUCUGGCUCCAGGACCACAUGUCUUCCUGUUGGUGUUACAGAUUGGCAGAUUCACACCAGAAGAGAAGGAGACAUUAAAACGCAUCAAGGAAGGUUUUGGGAAAAAUUCUGAAAAGUUCACCAUCAUUCUUUUAACAGGAGGAGACAAACUACAGCGUGACAAGCUGUCCAUUGAAGAAUACAUUGAGACGGAAUGUGAUGAUUCCUUUAAGAAGCUGAUUGAUGACUGUGGAGGAAGAUACCAUGUGUUCAAUAACUUUGAUGAACAAAACCACACACAAGUCAGUGAGCUGAUAAACAAGAUUGACUCCAUGGUGAAGAAAAAUGGUGGCAGCUGCUUCACCAAUGAGAUGCUGCAAGAGGCCGAGGCAGCAAUAAAGAAGGAAGUGGAGAAGAUCCUGAAGGAGAAUGAAGAGAUGAAGAGAGAGAGAGAGGAGUUUGAAAGAAAACAUGAAGAAGAAAUGGAAGCAAUGAAAAAACAGAGAGCAGAGAUUGAACAGGAGAGAGAACUGAGAGAGAAACAACUUCAAGAAAAGGAGGAAAACAUAAAUAAAGAUAAAGAACAGAGAAGGAAAGAACAGGAAGAGAGAGAAGAAGAAGACAACAAGAGGAGAGAACAGGAAGAAAAGCAACGAAAGGAGUGGGAACAGAAACUUGCAGCUUUGGAGAAAAAGAUAAAAUCAGAAUCAGAGGAAAAAGAAAUCAUUGAUAAAAAGCUGAUGGAGAACAGAGAAGAAAUGAGAAAAGAACGAGAGGACUGGGAGAAGAAACAAAAAGAAAUGUGGGAGAAACAGUAUCAAGAAGAUGAAAAGAAAAGGCAGGAGGAACAGAGAAGAAUAAAAAAGCUCCAAGUAGAAUAUGAUCAGGAAAGAGAAGAAUAUGAAAAGAAAAGAAAAGAACAUCAAAUCAGAAGAGAAGAAGAGGAGAAAGGGAGAAAAGAAUUAGAGGAAAACUAUAAGAAAAAACUGGAGAAUAUGAAGAAGAAAUAUGAAGAUGAAGCCAGAAAGAAAGCUGAAGAGUUCAAUCAAUUCAUUGCAGCUCAGAAGAAAGAGCACAAGGAACAACUGAAAGACAAAGAUGAGCAGUAUGAUCUUUUACAGGCACUAAAAGCCAACAAUGAAAAACAGCAGAGGAAAAAACACCAAAAGGAAAUCAAUAAUCUAGUGAAAUGUGUGACAGAAAAGAGAGAAAUUCUGAAAAAAGUCAAAGACUUACUGAUAAAACAUGAAAACCAAAUGAAGACUGUGCCGAAUGAGAAAAGAGAAAACCUGCUAAGAAUACAAGAAGAAGAAAUAAGUAACUUGAUACAUGAACUUUUGGAUGACAUCACAGCAUCUAAAGAGGCAAAAAUAGAAGAGAAGUCAUCUUACUGUUCCAUUUUAUGAGGUGAAUCCCUCUCGGCAUCUCUGCCCGAAAUGAUAUCUGACAAUG